ACUUGGAGACGAUUUUCGUUGACUUCGUUUGUGUUUACUUGCUUUUGAUGCUGAUGUUGCCGUUGGCUAACAUCUGGCAAUGGAGCCGAAAAAGCCGGAUCAGGCCCAGGCCCAGAAGUCGGACCUAGAUCCGCUGGCCUCCAAUGAGCCGUUGGGUGUAGUGCAGUCCAUGACGUCAUUCUACAGAUACGAUCCCUAUGCCAAGCGAACCGUGGAGAAUCCCUUGACUAACUGUGACGCCUUCGUCUCGCUGCUAAAGUGCGUGAUUGGCACGGGUAUUCUGGCCAUGCCGCUGGCCUUUCGCUGUUCGGGCAUCGUGAUUGGUGUUCUGAUGUCCGCCCUGUUGAUGGUCCUGCUGACCUACUGCAUCCAUUUGCUGAUCUCCAGCAUGACAGAGUGCUGUCGAAGACGGCAAGUGCCGCAGGUGUCGAUGCCAGAGGCCGUGAGAAUCGCCUAUGAGGAGGGUCCCCGCUGGGUUCAGUGCCUGGGACCCGCGGCGGGGAUUAUGACAAGCUGCGUUUUGGUCAUUGGACAGUUCCUACUCUGCUCUGUGUACUUAGUUUUCGUGGCCAAGAACUACAAGGAGAUCGGGGAUUAUCACAUAGGGAAAGUCAACGAGGGGUAUUAUGUCUUGGGCCUUUGCCUGCUGCUCCUGCCGCUUUUUCUGAUUCGCCAACUAAAGUACCUGGUGCCCCUGAAUAUCUUAUCAAACAUUCUGUUGUAUGCGGGAUUCAUUCUGAUCAUGUACUACUUGUUCAGUGGCCUGCCCAGUAUCAAGGAAAGGGAGUUGGUCAAGCCUCCCAUAGAAUGGAUCGAGUUCUUUGGCAUUGCUGCCUUUUCCCUGACUGCCGUGGGUUCGAUGCUCGUCGUGGAGGCCAACAUGGCUCACCCGCAGAACUAUCUGGGUCUCUUUGGUGUCCUUAACUUGGCUGUACUCUUCAUACUGUUCUCGAAUUUGUUCUUUGGAAUAAUGGGUUACUGGCGGUUUGGCGAAAGUGUUCAGGCCAGCGUCACACUCAACAUUCCGCAGUGUGAAAUCUUAUCCCAGGUCAUUAAGUUUUGCAUAGCCACGGGCAUCCUGCUCAGCUAUCCGCUGCAUGGCUUUGUGGUGAUCACUGUGAUCUUCAGCGACUACAGUAACACCGAGGAAAAUAAAAGAAAGCAUCAUAAGCUGAUUGAGUGCGUGGUGCGCAUUAUAUUUCUGUUGUUUACUGGAGUGGUGGCCAUUGUCAUGCCCAAUCUGGCUGCUCUCACGGAGCUGGAGGGCGCCUUUUCGCUGAGCAAUCUCAACCUGCUGUGUCCCGCCCUGAUGGAUAUAUUCCUUUGCUAUGGCAAGGGCUAUGGCCGUUUGAAGUGGCGACUGAUUCGCGACCUGCUGCUCAUCCUGAUCGGACUUAUCUUUGGCUUUGUGGGCUGUGCGAUGGCCAUAAGGCAGCUGAUACACGAUUUCCGGGUGACGCUUGGCCAGAUGUAGGAGAACCGGCAUUCCCUUUGGAUUUCUCUUAGUGCCUGCAUUAAAAUCGGAUUUUCCAA